AUGCCUGGCACGAUGGAUACCCACGGCGAGAACCGGCCUUUAUUGGGGUCCAGCGAAGUCCAACCAACACCCACGUCGAAAUCACAGAAGUUAACUGUGAUGAUUGCAACAAUCACGCUUAUCCUUGCUAUCGACUUUGGUUUCUUUUUAACUGUCGCGCCCCAAACAAAAGUCUUUGAGAGUAUUGUUUGUCAGAAUUACAUAGCUGGCUUACCGAAGAACAUGGGCAAAACUUUAGCAGAGGAUAUUUGCAAAUCCGAGCUUGUUCAGAGUGAACUAGCUCUUGUGAAUGGAUGGAAGGAUACAUCCGAUGUCUUGCCAGUCUUGUGGUUCAACUUAACUGAGGCAUAUGUGGCAGGCUUUUAUUCCACUGUCCUUCCAUUGCGACUGGUCUGGCUGUCGGUGGUGUGGAGGUUUAUUGGCGGCGGGGACAUAACCCUGUCAUCUACUGCUUUGGUCAUUAUUGCAGACCAAUUUCCUCAAGAAGAGAUGGCAACAGCUUUGUUCCGAAUCGUUAGUGCAACUUUAUUGUCUGAAGUCCUAGCCACCCCCGUCAGCGCGUAUUCAAUGACUCGUGACGCGUGGACACCAUAUAUGCUAGGACUUGGGAUCGCUACUCUCGGAUCAAUCAGUGCUUUCCUCAUGCCAGAAACUCUGACUAAUGCUAAAUCUAAGAUUUCCUCGGUGGGUGUAAACAUCGAGGAAGAGCAAGAGGCAGAGAUACAGUCGCAACUGGCUACAAAGGGCUCGAUAAGGCAUUAUAUCGGCAGGAAAGUGUAUGAAGUUCGUGAAUUGACUCAAUCUGUGAUAGGCAGUCCAGCCGUGACUGUCUGUCUCUUUGCGCAAUUCAUCACAUCAAUCAGCAAGCAGUCAACAAGUAUUCUGCUGCAGUAUACUUCAAAACGGUUUGAUUGGAGUAUUGGCAAUUCUAGUCUCCUCGUCUCUUUACGCGGCAUCAUUACCCUGGUUAACUUUCUGGUAAUCAUGCUAGCCAUAUCCUCCUUGCUGAUACGCUACUCCCAUCUCUCAGGCAAUCUGAAAGACCUUCGAUUAGCACGUAUCAGCAGUUUUGUCUCCGCUCUCGGCUUCAUAAUCAUGGCAACUGCUAAUUCUCGAGUCGUAUUGAUCCUGGGCAUCGUACUCCUCGCGCUAGGAGCUGUGUUCGCGGUAUCUUGUCGUACUUUUGUGACGUCGCUGGUUCGACUUGACCGUGUGGGAACAUUAGAAUCCUCUGCUGCGGCUCUUACAUCGUUUGGGACGGUGGUUUCCGGUCCUUUACUGGCUUAUUCCUUUCGAUUGGGCCUUUCUCUAGGACCUGCCUUGUUUGGACUGCCAUUUAUUCUGGCUGGGGCAAUAUAUCUUCUUGGUUCUGUCUUGCUGAUUCCGGUAAAGGUUCCUGAUACGAUUUAUGGAUAG